AGCUUACAGAUAAUUUCAGUGCAGCGUUCAAUUGAUAACUUAUAAUUGAACAUCAAUAACCUUUGUAAACAAGUAAACAAAAGAGAAAAACCUUACUUGAAAUUGUCAUUUGAAGGGAGAUAAUGAAGCUUCUCAAAAAUUCUGUGGGUAAACUCCCAUAAUUGAUUCACAAGAGCAGGGUCUUGGCUACGAUAGCAAGUUGAUUUUUGAGCGAUGGCUCGAUAAAAGCUUCCAUUCAACUUUUGUUCAGAAAUGAUGGGAUUCGUGGCGGCGUACAACGUGGUAUAUGAUCCCCAAACCGGAUCUAAGACAGCACGAUUGAUAGGAUACAUUCUUAAUAUCUUCUGCAUCAAUCCCGGAACGUUCGCAAAAAGAUUCCAUAUUUUUCUAAGCGAUUGGCAAGAGCCUGUGAAUGAAGAAUAUUGGCAUAUUUUGAUUGUCCAUAACGCGUCUGUUCUCCUCCGAAAACGUAAGGAAGAUUAAUGUCCGGGAAGUAAAUUCCACUAUAUGGUGCGAACAUGUAGGCAAUACUGGAAACGUUCACGAUACGCACAUCACCAGGUCUUGAGUACUCUGCAGCACGGCGCAAUGCUGGAAUAAGAAGGUAUGUAAAUAAGUAAGGUGAUAGAUAAUUUGUUUGAAUUUGUCUUUCAUAACCAUCCUUUGUCAACUGAUACUUGCCAAACAUGAUACCAGCGUUGUUGAUUAAAAUAUCCAGCCUGGUUUCCUUUGCCAAGAAUACUUCUGCAGCUCGAUAGACGCUUUCAAAAUCGAGUAAAUCCAUAUGUAAAUAGACGACGUAUGCGUCUUUCCAUUCUUCACGUAUAUUCUUAAUCGCCGUAACGUAUUUUUCUUCACUGCGACCUGCCAAAUAAACCUUAGCGCCUUUCUUUGCCAAUUCUAAAGCAGUAACGUAGCCAAUUCCACCAGAAGACCCUGUUACGACAGCAACUUUGCCGUGUAAAUUAGGAAUGUCUUUAAACGACCAUUCAGGCACGUUUGCUCCAGUGAUUUUUGCCAAAAGAUCAAUUAUACCUUCAAACAUAAUUGCUGAAGAGGGAGGGAAAGGAGAAAGCUGAAGGGUACACAGCCUUCUUAAGUACCUUUCUGUGAUAAUAUACGUAGCAGUACUAUAAUAAUUUCUAUAAUCUUUUUCUUCUAAUGGGCUAAACUAAAUAGAAGUUUAUAGGAAAAAGAAACCCGAUGAACUAAUUGAAACUGCCUUCUGAAGACAACUACGGGGUUGGUGUCUCUUUUAAGGGUAAGCUGCCUAUGAACAUUUGGGAUAUGAUCGGAACCUUUUCAUAUGCUCAUUAGAUGUGGGAGACAGUAUAUAAACUUUUAAAACGUAGUUUUCCCUUCUUUGUACAUGGUCGAAACUGUACGGUAACUCUGGUCAGGUCGUCGUUUUCAUAUAUUGCACUACUUCCACUCAUAAAUCACUAAUAAUCAUUGAAAUAUAUUGCUAAAGAACAAGAAGACGCUCUUUUGCAAAAAUUCGAUGUUACAGGAAGCCGUGGUUUGUUUACAUUCAAUUCCUGCCUUGUUUGGUCGGAGAACAAUGUUACUCAACUUCAUUCCACUGUUCGACUCGACUCUUAAGACCUGGAGAACCCAACUUGCUUGGUUUAUUCUAUUUGAAACAUAAUUCUUAUAUGUCUUUCUUUUAUUAAAACUCUUAAUGAAAGCGUUCCUUUUUAGUAGGGUAUCUUGCGUGAACUGAACAAAUGGAUAUAGACGAAUUUAACGAACGGAUCCUGAAUCAAAUUUCAGAAAAGGCAUGGAAAAACAGACUAACAGCAUAUGAAGAAUUAUUAGCUGUAUUUUCAAGGGCUUCUGAUGAGAAUGACCCGUGCUUUCAGCCUUGGAUCCAAGACCCUGGUUUAUGGAAGCGUGGACUCUGCGAUAGUAACGUUUCUACUCAGGAAUGCGCAUUAAAAGUCCUUUGCGCAUUUUUUGAAAAAUCCCGAAGAAAGGGUAUCUCUAGUUCAAAGCUAGUUGUUAUUCCUUCGUUGCUUGAAAAAUGUCUCCCUUCGCCAAGACCGUCCAUCAAAGAUCUUACUCAUCAGGCACUUUUACUUUUAACUGGCGCUGGCGCUAUGGAUGCAGUUAUAGAUGGCCUUUUGAGUAGUUGUAAAGUGAAACACCCAAAACAAGCUAUCGCUUCCAUUAAGGAACUCUGCCUAUUUAUUGAAAAAUUCGGUAUACCUACCAUCCCUUCUUCUCAUUUAUAUAAACUUCUUCCUGGUUUGUUUGCUCAAUCAGAUAAAAAUGUACGUCAAGAAGCUUCUAAGCUUGCCGUCCAGGUUUACCGUUGGGUGGGUGAUUCACUUAAAGUAAACUUGUUUCCUCACCUGAAACCCGUACAAAUAUCCGAUCUCGAGUCACUCUUUCGUUUAGCUCCUCCCUUAGUUUUAAACCCUCCCGCGGCGACCAGCAAUCGUUCAUCCAUAUCUGCUGCUACAAAAUCUCCUAGUCCAAUGGAUCAAAAAGCAUCUUCCCAUCCUCCUAUUCCAAAGCUGGGUAGUGCCCCUGGGAAUUCCCGUGCGGUAAAACCGACCUUAAACAUCCCUCAACCGUCUCGAUCUUCUUGUUCUCCCACAAAGCCGUCAUCAUUUGAUGCUCCCAUUGACGUUCUUUCUAAAAUAACUCCAGAAUUUUAUAAUGCCUUGUCCUCGCCCAAAUGGAAGGACCGCAAAGAAGCUCUAGAUAGCCUUUUGGAAGUAUGUAAAUAUCCAUGCUACCAAGAAGGGGAUUACGACGAAUUAUUUCGAAUCGUUGCUAAAUCAUUAAGGGAUGCAAAUGUGGUUGUCGUUGGAACCGGUGCGCAAUUGUUGAUUGCUGUCUCAAAUGCACUGAAGAAAAACGAAACUCCUUACAUACCCAUCGUAUUUCUUCCAUUAUUUGAAAGAUUCAAAGAGAGAAAACCCUCAUUAGUAAACGUUCUGUUUGACGCAGCAAACGCAAUAUUUGAAGCGUGUGGCUUCAACGAACUCGCUGACCAAGCGCUAGAUUUUUUGGGACAUAAAAACCCCCAAGUAAAGACAGAAACAUUGCAUUGGUUUACUCAUUGUCUACAACGUACAGAGUCGUGUCCUCCAAGAGUUUCUCUGGAAAUGUUGUGCAACAGAUGUUUGGUUCUAGUUAAUGAUACCUUUGAACCUGUUCGGACAGCGACCACGGAGGUAUUGGCCACUCUCAUGCAAAUGUUUGGACAAGCAAUCCUAUCCAAGUACAUCGUCGGACUUGACCCAAAAAGAUUGCAGAAGGUAAUUGAACUUUCAGAAAACAUUCAGGUACUUGCACAUCCCAAUCAACCUCCAAAACCAAAACUUCCUCGGGUAGCCUCGCCUUUGAAACCGUCACCUGUGAAACCAAUAUUAUCUCCCAAAUUUACGUCCUCGCCUCUGGCUCCCAUACAGGCAAAUGCACCUGAAGAAUCUCCGUCUCGUAGGUCUUCCCCGGUGAAGUCAUUAUCUUCUAGUCUUCGUUCCCAAGCCAUGAACCAUAGAAUAAGCAAUUCUUCAUUAAAACCAGCUCCCAGACCAGCGUUAAUUGGUUCAAUGAAGCAGACAAACGAAGUUUCGACCCCGACGUUGACAAAAAAGGUAGAAACAAAUCGCUUGUCAACAAAGACCCAUCCAAGUCUCCUGACGAAAUCCACAAUAAAAGAGCACGUUUCCCCCACAAGUAAGCAAGGUGGAGUAAGUACGUCGAAUUUAGUAACCAUUACAUUAUCAGAAAAAAUUGAGUUGGAUCUUUUGAGGGAAGAGAAAGCCAUCCGGCAAGUUCAACAAACAGAGGAUGCGCUGGAAAGAGAACGCCUAUUUAGAGAAAUUAAUGAUCUUCAGAUCACAAACGCCGAAUUACGCGAACAUCUUGAUAAUUAUCAAGGAAUGGUUAAUCAAAAAGAUUCAAAGCUCGCGUCUUUGCAAGAGGAAGUGAACCGGUUGAGCAAUCGAUUACAGGAGGUCUUGUUAGAAUUAGAACACCGGCAAGACAUUGCAGAUGAGAAUUCUAUGGACAUUGAUUCGAAAGAAAUGGAAAGUGCAAUUAAAAGAGAAGAUGAGACAAAUUUACCCAAUGGUAGAAAAAGUUAUAUCGGGGUACCCGACGAACCUUCACGAACUACUCGACGAUCGACACUACUUCCAGUACGACAGUCUCUUACAGGAUCAAUGCUACAAAAGCCAACGGCAUUUUCACGACCAUCGCUUUUUCCGACUAGCAAUAAGCCCUCGACUGCUUUCUCUUCACAUUCCCCUUCAAAAAGUAUGUCAUCUUGGUCUGAGGGAACAGAUAUCUCAACGCAUUUAUUGGAACAAAUCCAAAGAAUGAAGCGAAGCUAACUUGAAGAGAAAAUGUGGAUUAUUUAAUCUAGGCAUUGGAGAACGGUUUGCUUUUAGUAUGGGAUCUAUUGUUUUCUCUUUUUUAUCUAUUUUAUUUCUGUUCCUUUUUAUUUGUUUUUAUUUGUUUUAUCUUUGAUUUUCAGUUAAAGGUUUGGUUUUGUUUAAAUUCCUCUUUUUCCUUCUUUUAUUUUUUUGCGGGCGUUCUUCUCGCUACUACGUUCCUUUCCCCGGUGGAAAGGUGAGAAGCUUUGCUUUUUCAUAUUUGAACAAUUAUAGAAACAUACAUCAUGUUGGAUAUCUGAUGACUACAUAAUUUAGUCUGGUGGAACAUAUAUACUUUACCGAAUCCCCAUUUCAAUAUGUAAUAAAAGAGAAGGAUUGGUGUCAUACCGUCUACAGCCAUACUAAGAAAUAAUUAGAAUGGUAUAAACAAACAAACAAAAAAGAGAGUAAUAAGUGUUCUUUUUUGGAAGAAAAGAAAAGCAUAUUCUUCUUUGUUUGCGAAUCAAAUUUGAAAAGAGUGAUCAGAAACGUUUCAUUAAGCCCAAUGUUGGUUUUGGGCUUUAGGUUCCUUGAUGCUUUUGGUAUGAUUUUUAACUCGAUUUUUCUAUCUCUUAUAUCUUUCUCUUUCUUUCAAAAUACAUAUGACUAAAAAUAGCUCUAUAUAUACCUUACUUUAACUGCCAGGCUUCCAUUUUUCUUACGAUUAAUUUUCUAUUGCUAUAUUUAGAACAAGGCUCUUUUAUUUGUCAAAUCCUCUCUAUAAUUAUAUAUUAUAAGUCUGGUAUAUGUAUGAUUUAGGGAAACAUACUCGGAAGUUUAUAUAUGCGUAAACCGCGUAUGACGUUUCUUGACCUCAUGUAAUGGACGAAGUUCAGAUGAACGAGUGGUAAGCUUUGCUGCACUUUGGAACAGUAUCGAUGAUAUCAUUUUCCCUUCAACCAGAAGUUAUAUAAACGCACGACCUCAAACAGCUGAGACUUUCCAACAAACGUUGAAAAUACCAAAGUCGUUUAACGAAAAAGUUAUUUUG